GACUUCAAGCGAUUCUUCCGGAAUGCACUGAAGUCUGCGAUCUUGUCAGGAAGCUUCUUCACGCUCGUCUUCGAAGAUGACGAUGGGGCUGCUGGCAUUGCCGAAGAUGCAUGGCUUCAGCGCGCAGCAUCCAUGCAGAACCUGGAGGCCGUCCCUGAGGAGUGGGCACUCUCCUCAUUCUUCAGCAGCUCUUCGCUUCCGCCUGAGAUCUUCUUGCCGCUUACGUUCAACGCACGUGGCAAGGCGCACUUGCUGCUGCCAGAAGCAGAUGCAGGUACGGAAACGGUGGACACCCCUUUCGAGGCAGCGGAGGGACAAGAAGAGGCAGCUCCAAAGCCCACGAUGUCCAAGGAGGGGCUCAUGCAGCGUGCAGCAGCGGAGCUGCCACCCAUGACAAACUUGGGACCCAGCGGACACGUUUGGGAGCUCACGGAGGAAGAGGUGAGCCUUCGCGACAGCACCGAUACCAAGACCAUGCUCGGCCAGCCAGUGCCUUACGGAUCCUCACGUCGAGGUUGA